CGUACCACAGCUAGCGACUCCUGCUAUGCGACUAACCAUGGAGGCCUCCUCUCUCCUAAUGCUCGUCUCACUCACUCUCCUAAUAGACUCCAUUCACCAGGCAAAGGCAGUGCCAUUCCUACAAGAACAAGCAGGAGCGCUCCUUGCUUGGAAAGCCACGCUCCAAAGCCACCCAGCCCAGCUGCAAUCCUGGACAAGGGGAAACAAUACUAGCACAUGGCCGUGCAGCUGGUAUGGCAUCAAGUGCAGCACGCAUCAAACAAGUCACCAAGAGGUGAUCACCGAGAUCUCUCUACGGGGGCUGCGACUGAGAGGGGAGCUCGAUGCCCUCAACUUCACGGCCUUGGCAACCCUGACGAGCAUCCAACUCUCGCACAACAGGCUCACCGGGAGGAUCCCUCCGAGCAUUGCGUCGCUCGGAGAUCUCCGGUUCCUGAUUCUUCGACGCAAUCAGAUAAGGGGCCCUUUAUCACCUGCUUUAGCAUCCUUGAAAAACCUACGGUGCUUAAUGUUCCAGGAGAAUGAACUCUCUGGUGAAAUACCAAGGCAGAUAGGGGAACUAGAGAAUCUUGUGACUCUUAACUUAACUGCCAAUCACCUGUCUGGUCCCAUCCCCAGUGAACUAGGCUACCUAAAGAAGCUUGUCAGGUUAGAUUUUCUCAACAACAACCUCAUAGGCCCCAUUCCAAGAAAUUUAGGGAAUCUCACUAAACUCACCAUCUUGUACCUUAGUGGAAACUAUUUAUCUGGAUAUGUUCCUCGAGAACUAGGUUACCUAGUAAAUCUAGAACAAUUAGAUCUUGGCAAUAACAAACUAAUGUGUCCUAUCCCUAAUAUCUUUGGAACUUUGACUAAGCUCACCACGCUAUACCUCAAUGAUAAUCAAUUCUCUGGACAUGUUCCACGAGAAAUAGGCAACUUAAAUAAUCUCGAAAAUCUGCAGUUGGAUGGCAACAAUCUCUCUGGUCCACUGCCACCUGGGUUGUGUUCUGGUGGUCGACUCAAGAAUUUUACUGCGUAUGACAACAAUCUAUCUGGACCACUACCAUCAAGUUUGGUACAAUGUAGAAGCCUUGUUAGAGUUCGUCUGGAAAGGAAUCAAAUAAAAGGAGAUAUUUCUGAGUUGGGAAUUCAUCCAAAUCUGCUCUAUAUGGAUUUGAGCUCAAAUAAACUAUUUGGAAAAUUAUCAUCUCACUGGAGGGCAAGUGGUAAUCUUACCAAGCUAUGCCUCUCAAGCAACAACCUCACGGGGGAAAUACCCACAAGCAUGGGGCAACUGCCUAGGCUAGGGGUGCUUGACCUUUCAUUAAACAAUCUUGAAGGAGAUAUCCCAAGUGAAAUGGGUAAUCUAAAUUUUUUGUUCCAAUUGAACCUUGCAAGCAAUUUGCUCCAUGGAAGCAUACCACAAGAAAUUUGGGCACUGUCUAGUUUGGAGCUAUUGGAUUUGUCAUCAAAUAACCUAAGUGGUAUGGUACAUGAGUCAAUUGGAAAUUGUUUAAAGCUUCACUCAUUAAAUUUGAGCAGAAAUAACUUGAAAGGAAGCAUCCCUACUACUCUAGGGUUAUUGCAAAACUUACAAUACAUGUUGGAUUUAAGUGAUAAUUCAUUUGUCGGGGCAAUACCAAGCCAACUAAGUGGCCUGGUCAUGCUAGAUACUUUGAAUAUUUCACACAAUGAACUUAAUGGCUCCAUCCCUCAAUCAUUUCAAAGUAUGGAAAGCUUGAUAUCCAUUGAUGUGUCUUAUAAUGAACUGGAAGGACCCGUCCCAGGUAGUAGGAUCUUCCAAGAAGCUCAAAUACAAUGGUUCAUCCAUAAUAAGAUGUUAUGUGGUGUAGUGAAAGGAUUGCCACCUUGUAGUAGUGGUGCAACUCGGAGCAAAGAGAAAAGGAAAACAUACAAUGCACUUGUACUAGGCAUAGUUCCUUCUCUGAUAUCUCUUGUUAUUGUUGUGGUGAUAUUGAUUGUUCGGCAUGAAAUGAAGAAAUCCGUUGCAAUUAACACCACAAAUGUAACUCAAGAAAACCUCUUCUCGAUUUGGAGUUUUGAUGGGGCCGACGUGUUCAAGCAAAUCGUUGAAGCAACCAAUGAUUUCAGCAAUAUACAUUGCAUUGGAACCGGGGGAUAUGGAUCUGUCUACAAGGCUAGACUUGCAACAUCUGAAAUAUUUGCAGUGAAGAAGAUACACAUGAUAAAAGAUGAGUGUAGGGUGAACGAAGCAGUGUUCAAUCGUGAAAUCAAGGCAUUAGUACAAAUUCGUCACCGCAACAUCAUAAAAUUAUUUGGGUAUUGUUCCUGUAGCCAAGGAAGGUUCCUUAUCUAUGAAUAUAUGGAGAGGGGAGACUUAGCAGGAAUAUUGACAAACAAUGGAAGGGCGGUUGAGUUGAAUUGGAGAACGCGGACACAUAUUGUUUUGGAUGUGUUCCGGGCUUUGGCAUACAUGCAUCAUGAUUGUUCGUCACCGAUAGUUCACAGAGAUAUAACAAGCAAAAAUAUUUUGCUUGAUCCAGAAUUUAGAGCAUGCAUCUCUGACUUCGGCAUGGCUAAAAUUCUCAAUACUGGUGGUCAAAAUCUCACAAGGCUUGCUGGGACGAAAGGCUAUAUUGCCCCAGAGCUAGCAUAUACAGAUAACGUGACGGAGAAAUGUGAUGUAUAUAGCCUGGGAGUGCUAGUUCUAGAGAUAUUUAUGGGAUCCCAUCCAGGAGAUUUUAUCUCAUCCCUCUCAUUGGGCACCAAGAAUAAUGACGUGAGUAUGAAGGAUUUGCUGGACUCGAGGCUUGUUCUCCCAGACACUGAAACCACUAGAAAAAUAUAUUGCAUGCUCACUGUUGCAGUGCAGUGCUUGGAGCCAAAUCCAUCACGCAGACCAACAGCACGACGAGCCAAUGAUGAGAUAUGUGCUAUUAAAUCAUGUGAAGGUCAUGUUGAUUAUUUGCACGAUCUCCUAAAAAUUCCUACAUAG